AUGCCCGCUCCCACCACCACCACCACCAGCAGUAGUAGUUCCCAGCCAGCCUCGGACCCGUCCGAUCCCUCAUCCUCGUCCUCGCAUCGGGACGACACGCCCGCUGCUCCCCGCCACUCCGCGUCGUCCUCGACCUCGUCGUCCGACGGCGAGUGCGAGCGCAAGACCAGAGCCGACCGCCCGCGCCUGGCGCGCCAGCCCAGCGCCUCCAUCCUCGUGCCGCGCGACCACCCGCAGAUCGAGAUCGAGGAGGAGGAGUUCCCGCCCGACGAUGCUCGUGCCAUGAGCCCGCGCAGGAACUCCGCCGACGUCGAACGCCUGGGCCGCGAGGCGCGCGCCACGUUGAAAGAGCAAGCCAAAACGCUGCAGUCGUCCUUACACGCCCUGGCCGAACGCAUCGACGAGGUCACCACCGAUCACGACCGGCUCGAGACCGAGAACCGUUUCCUGCAGGACUACAUCGGAGGCCUCACGCGCACCAUGUCCGCGCGGGCCGAGCUCACCUCGACAUCCGGCCACGCGAAGAGCCGGAGACGUAGAUAA